AUGCGACAAAGCGCUGCAGCCCAUCAGACGCGCCGAUCAUGUUUGGACUAUGGGCAUUCUCAGCAAGGCGGGAGAGCUACAAAAUACCGACUAUUCGACGCGAAAGGAGCUAAAAAGAAGCAUGCAAGCGCCGAGGAUGUGGAAGGCGAAGUGAGCAGCGGCCUAGAGGCGCUGCGGCAGCAACGCGCAGACUUGCUGUCCCAGCUUCGCCGACUGGAUAUCAGGAUUGAGCGACAAGAAAGAAACGAACCAGUCAACUUCAUGAGUCUGCCAGCCGAGCUUCGCAACCGCAUUUACGAUCUGAGCGGCUGUUUGAAGGUCUAUCAAUGUCGCAUAUGCAGCACGACCGUUUUUGGUGACUGCGGCGCAAUCCAUUACGAGCAUUUGUCUAAGAGAACGACCGACGGCCCACCCCGAAAGUUUUACAGAUGGCCAUACAUCGUACGCGAUUGCUGCAAGUGGAAGAAAGGCACAAGGCAUUGUGGUCAUGCGCAUCGCUCAACUCUGCUCUGGGUCAAUAGGCAAGGCAAGACUGCUUCGCACCACGAUUGCACAUGCCGCGGCGCCGUCCACUCCCAUCAGCGCGUUGCCAGAUCCGUCCAGCUCGCGAUUGCCCAGGUCUCAAAGUCGGUUAGAGCUGAGACUCUGGGCAUCUUCCACGCGAGCAACCACUUCUUCGCAACUAUCUUUGACACGCCCAAGGACAGAGGUGUCAUUAUGAGGUGGCUGAAAUCCAUCGGUCCUGAGAACGCCUCCAAGAUCACAUCCUUUCAUAUUGUGUAUUCUCGGAAUGAGCAACUCCGCUUUGUCAAGAAGAAGCUUGUCAAGAAGAUGAAGGAGAUGGGACUGCGGGUGGACGAUGGAGUUGUCGAAGCUACCAAGUUGAAGGCACCUUUCUGCCGAUGCGAGCACUGUGUCAUGCAGACACUGAGGGACAAGAGUCGGCACAAGCCCUCAUCUCCAAAGAACUACAAGUUCGGCGCUCGCGACUGCUGA